AUGAAGCUAAACCUGACUUACCAAUCAAGAUGUUUUUCACGCGCUGCAAGAAGAAUAGUUGUUACCGGAUUGGGCAUUGUUUCUCCUCUAGGAACAGGCACUGAACUGGUGUGGAAGAAUUUAUUGAAAGGAAAAUGCGGUAUAGUAAGCUUGCAAGGUGAAGCUUAUUCAAAGCUACCAUGCAAAAUAGCUGGCAUAAUACCUUUGGAUAAUGAUAAAGUAGUAUCCGCCUUAUCAAAGUCAAAUUUAAAGUCAAUGGCGCCUGCUACAUCCUUGGCUCUCGUUGCUACAUCAGAAGCACUGAUAGAUGCUAAUUGGUUACCAAAAUCUGAUAGUGAUAAAGAAGCUACAGGUGUAGCUAUUGGAAUGGGUAUGAUAGAUUUGAAAGAUGUAUGCGAUACAAAUGAGGCUUUAAAAUUAGGUUACAAUAAAGUUAGUCCUUUUUUUGUGCCAAGGAUCUUACCAAACAUGGCUGCAGGACAAAUUAGUAUUAAAUACGGAUUCAGAGGGCCAAAUCACUCUGUUUCAACAGCAUGUGCAACAGGUGCACACUCUAUUGGAGAUGCCUUUCGGUUUAUAAGGAAUGGGGAUGCUGAUGUCAUGGUCUGUGGAGGAGCUGAGGCUUGUAUAAGCCCACUUGCCAUUGCAGGGUUUUGUAGAUUAAGAGCACUAAGUACAUCAUUCAAUACUGAACCAUCUAAAGCAUCAAGGCCAUUUGAUAAAAAAAGAGAUGGGUUUGUAAUGGGAGAGGGAGCAGCAAUUUUAAUAUUAGAGGAAUAUGAUCAUGCAGCAAAAAGAAAUGCUAAAAUUUAUGCAGAAAUAUUAGGGUAUGGGUUAUCAGGUGACGCCUCACAUAUUACUGCACCUAGAGAUGAUGGAAGUGGUGCAAUGUUAUCAAUGAGCCGUGCGUUAAGGGAUAGUGGAAUUGAUAAAUGUGAUGUUACAUACAUCAAUGCUCACGCUACAUCUACUCCUAUAGGAGAUGGUAUUGAGUCUACAGCUAUAAAACAAUUAUUUAAGGAGCAUAGUUCAAAUAUACAGGUGUCCUCAACUAAGGGUGCCCAUGGUCAUCUGUUAGGUGCUGCAGGUAAUUUAGAAGCAGGUUUUACUGUAUUAGCCUGUUAUCAUGGAAUUAUACCCCCAACAAUAAAUUUGGAGGAACCCAUUGACAACUUAAAUUAUGUAAUUGAAAAGCCAAAACCUUGGGAAGCAAACAGAAGAAUAGCUUUAAAAAAUUCUUUUGGAUUUGGUGGUACUAACGCUACAUUAUGUAUUGGACAAUGCAUUUAG